GGGGAGGUGGCUGUUGGCAAUUGCUGCUGUUAUUUCAGUUCCAGUUGCUUCCUUACUGUUCGAUCAGUCCAGCGGCUGAGAGUAGAGAUGGUGUUCCACGCAUCUCUCAUUUCAAACCAGUUUAACCAGCAUGCGAACCGGGAAGAGACCUGACAGCGCACGCACAAAACAAGGCGUCCCUCCUCUCUUUCUACCCACCCUGUUCGGGCCUGGCAAAGGAAUUUGUUGCUAUGUUCUCCUGUUUUCUGUCUGCGCGUUAUGCUACAGUAACUCUCUGCAAGGGGAGUUUGUGCAUGAUGAUGUCUGGGCUAUCAGUAACAAUCCUGAUGUCAGACCUGGCUCCAGUAUGACAAACAUAUUUUUCAACGAUUUCUGGGGCAAGAGAAUGGCCGAUAACACCAGUCACAAAUCAUACAGACCCCUCUGCAUUCUCACUUUCAAACUGAAUAUUCUACUGGGCGGCAUGACGCCCUUAUGCUUCCAUGUGGUGAAUGUAUUCUUGCACUGCACAGUGACUGCCCUGUUGAUGUAUACCUGUGAGAAGACUGUGUUUGAUGACAGUCGCCUGGCCUUCCUUGCAGCGUUGCUGUUUGCUGUUCACCCUAUACACACAGAAGCGGUGUCUGGAAUUGUUGGGAGAGCAGAUGUAUUGGCCUGUUUUUUAUUCCUUUUGACAUUCCUCUCCUAUAUUGGGAGUGUGGAUCCAAGUUGUCUUGGGGAGCGUUUCCCUGCUACAGCCUCCUCUUGUUCCCUUUUGCUGAGUCUGUUCCUGGGGACCUGUGCAAUGCUGCUGAAGGAAACUGGAAUCACUGUUUUUGGAGUGUGUCUGGUUUAUGACCUGUUGGUUUUAUGCCAGAAGCAACUUAACGUGUAUAUGUCUUCUGCCAAGAUCAAAGGUCUCUUGAGAGUGUCUGGACCAUUUUUUAAAAGAGCCACAGUUGUUACUGUCUACCGGUUCCUAUUUCUGACUUACUCGUACCUUCUGGCCUUCAACGCCUGGCUUCUGCUGGCACCGAUCGUGCUGUGCUACGACUGGCAGGUGGGGAGCAUCCCGCUGGUGGAGUCUCUGUGGGAUGUUCGAAACGUAGCGACAGUCCUUUUUGGAGUUGUGAUGAUAUGCUUGUGCCUGCAUUGCCUUACAUCAUUACAGAAAAUGAACAACAGAGAGGUGUUAGUGGGGAUUCUGUUCCUGGUUUUCCCAUUCAUUCCUGCCAGCAAUCUUUUCUUCAGAGUAGGCUUUGUAGUUGCAGAAAGAGUUCUCUACAUGCCCAGCAUGGGAUACUGCAUCCUGGUGGUCCAUGGCUUUAACAAGCUGUGCACCCUGGUGGGUAAAUGGGGAGCGACGGCCCUGACUGUGUCCAUGCUGCUGCUUCUGCUGCUGUUUUCAUGGAAGACAGUGAAGCAGAAUGAAAUCUGGCUUUCCAGAGAAUCUCUCUUCAGAUCUGGAAUUCAGACUUUGCCCCACAAUGCCAAGGUACACUACAACUAUGCCAACUUCCUGAAAGACCAAGGACGAAACCCAGAAGCCAUUUAUCACUACCAGACAGCUCUCAAACUGUACCCACGCCAUGCGAGUGCUCUGAAUAACCUGGGAACUCUGACUACAGACCCAAUGGAGGCAGAGCUGUACUACAGACAGGCUCUGCACAUAAACACACAGCACAACCGGGCACUAUUCAACCUCGGGAAUCUCCUCAAAUCCCAGGGGAAGGAGACGGAGGCUGAGCAGCUGCUGAGAGAUUCCAUUCAGCUUGGCCCCCAGUUUGCAGAUGCCUAUUCUAGUCUUGCUUCACUGUUCGCUGAGCAGAAACGAUUUGAAGAAGCAAAUAAAAUAUAUCUGAGUGGAAUUGAAAACUGUCCAGACAAUUCUGAUCUGCAUAAUAACUAUGGAGUUUUUUUGGUUGACACAGGAGAGGGGGAUAGAGCAGCCAAGCAUUACCAGCAAGCCAUUAGGCUCAAACCCACACAUUAUGUAGCUAUGGUGAACCUAGGAAGACUGCUUCGAUCCUCCAAUCAGAACAGUGAGGCUGAAGCCUGGUACAAGAAGGCUUCACACGUCACUCGUAAGGUUGAAAUAUUGACCCCUCUUGGGGCACUUUACUAUAACACUGGGAGAUAUGAAGAAGCGCUGCAGGUCUAUAGAGAGGCUGCUGCACUUCAGCCAGACAACAGUGAGAUCUGGCUGGCAUUGGCCCAAGUCUUGGCUAUGGCUGGUCGAACCAAAGAAGCAGAGAAGAUGACUCUUGAGAUCAUAUCCAAGAACGUGGCAUGUAUAGAAUGUUAUCGGCUCUUAUCUGCAAUUCACAACAAGCGGGGCAGUCAUAAUGAGGCUCUUGAUGCUCUGGAAAAAGCCAACCAGGUCAAUCACAAGGACCCCCGGGUCAAGGCUGAGCUGUUAUUUUCAAAAGGAAACCAACUGAGAGAAAUGAACCUUCUUGACCUUGCUUUUGAGAGCUAUAAGCAAGCAGUGGCAUUAAACCCAGAUCAGUCACAAGCCUGGAUGAACAUGGGAGGAAUCCAGCACAUCAAGGGAGACUACGUGUCAGCACGGGUGUAUUACUCAAAAGCCUUACAGCUGUCUCCGGGCAGCAAGCUUCUGAAAGAGAACCUGGCCAAGCUGGACCGCUUAGAAAAGCAACUUCAGGGAGAGAAAAGAGCAGAUUUUCAUCUUAAGACCUGAAUAAGCAAAUAUAUUGCCAGAGGAAGAAACCAGGAUGAUCAGAGCUGGAUUAGGAGACAAAGACACCAUGGGUGUACUGCCAACUCAGGACAAAGAAAUGGAGAGGAUUUGUUCAUUUUCUGGUAUCUAAAUAUCAAGGAAAAAAGAACACCCACCCGUUUCCUGAAAGUUUGGGGUAGCCUGUGAGCAUUAAAAAACAAAACAAAACACUGUUUUCAGAACUGAUAACAUCACUAUAGUAAAUGUAAUACAAAGUUUUGAUAAGCUUAUUUUAAUGUGUUCAUUCAACAUUGUUAAAGUUCUUAUUUUUUUUACUUGGUGUACAAUGGACUUCUAUGGGAAGUCAUAGAUUGCCUGGAAUUAAUUGAGUUUAUAAUUUUCCCUACAAAAACGAUAAUGAGCAAGGGUGUAAACCCUAAGGCAGAAACAAAAAUGUGACAUUAUUUUGCAUUAUCCAGCAAUCAAUUAAUCAAUAUUUAUUUUAUAUAGCGCCUUUCA